AUGUCACAGGAAGAGUCAGCUGUCGUUGAUAGUGUUGCUACAGGGUCUGAUACGAGAGAGGAAGAGUCCGCAACACAGAUGGAGGAAACAACAAGAGAGGACGUUGAUACCGCGGGGGCCACUGUAGAUGGUGAUAAGGGUGGAGAUGCAGGGAUGGACGACCUGUUUGGUGAUGAUGACGAUAAUGCUGCUGCUGGGGACGGUGGCCGCGGCAGUGACGAUGAAGAUGAAGGUGACGACGACGACGACGUAACUGGAAGCUCUCCCAGGAGGAAGCGUCUUGAUAUGGAUGAGGAGGAGGAAAUGUACAAUAGGAAGUUUUACGGGGAGGAUGUCGACAUGUCGGAUACGGAGCAAGCGGAGCACGAGUUUAAGGAGGCCAACGUGGAAUUGGUGAAGCACAUUGUCCCGUACAAGCUUGUGCCAGACGAUGCCAUUGGGACCAACGACAUAUACGUGGCCAAAGUUCCACCGUUCUUGAUGAUAGACCCGGCGCCCUUCGACCCUACCAGUUUCGAGGGCAAAGUCGCAGACAGACUGGACGGCUCGCUGUCCAAGGAGGACCGUCUCGGCGACCGUUUGAUAGACGAAAACACCGUCAGAUGGAGAUACUCGAGGGACACAAACCAGAGCGUGUUCAAAGAAUCGAACACGCAAAUAGUGCAGUGGUCCGACGGCUCGUACUCUUUGAAACUGGGCAACGAGUACACGGAUAUCCUCAUCAACGACACGGACAACACUUUCCUGACUGUAUCGCACGACCAGCAGGAGUUAAUGCAGUGUGUUGAAGGUGGGCUUGUCAACAAGACGCUCAUGUUCAUUCCAACGUCGACGAGUUCCAAGAUACACCAAAAGCUGAGCAAAGCUGUCGCGAGAAGAAACGUCAUGCAGAGUGCCGGUCCAGGUACGUACAUUGUGUCUGUGGACCCAGAAAUUGAGAAGAAGGAGCUGGAGCGGAAGCAAGGCCAGAUCUUCAAGGAGAGAAGGAGACGGCAGUUGAGGGAGAAGGAACUCGCCGAAUCCCCUGACACGACAAUUGGUGGGCCCAGAUCGGGCUCAGCAGGUAGCUGGCAUGGCACUCCCCGGACGGCCCGCAUGGUCGGCAGGAAAUCGAGGGAGGACGAGUACGAAGAAGACGAUUUCCUAGUGGAUGACGACGAAGACGAGGAUGAGUUCCAGGACGAAGAGGAAGAAGAAGACGCAGAAGAAGAAGAGGAGGAGGAAGAGGAAGGUGCGGAGGAGGAAGAGCGCGAAAGAGCCAACGCACAGCGACUGACCGAAGCGAAGAGAAAUUCAGAUCUGAUGCACAAGAACGACCACGACUCCGCAGAGUCCCCGGAAAAGAGGCGGAAAGUUGCUGUGAUCGACGACGAAGACGAUGAAGACGAGUGA